GUUACAGGACGUUGUCGUGUUAUGGCUUCUCGUUAGAUUACCAUGUAAUUUUAUUUUGAUUUCGUCGUGUGUAAUCAAAAAUCAUUAAAAAUGACCGAUGAAAAACAACCCCUGCUCACAUCGCCAAGUAUUAUAAUUGACAACACUGAAAAUCAAGCCGUAGAAUUAGUAACGAGUCCCACUAGCCAAAAUAAAGAUGAUAAAAAGAAAAACACUCAGUAUAAUCCAGCCUCAGAGCGGUACUUAGAGCAUCCAACGUCAAAUUUCGAUACGUUAAUUCACCUAUUAAAAGGGAACAUCGGAACAGGAAUAUUAGCAAUGCCAGAUGCUUUUAAAAAUGCGGGACUGUUUCUUGGUGUAGUUGGUACUUUAUUUAUGGGCGCAAUUUGCACACAUUGUAUGCAUAUUUUGGUACUAUGUUCUCAUGAGCUCUGUGUAAGAAACCAAAGGCCUGCAUUAAAUUUUGCUGAGGUAGUAGAGGAGGCAUUUGCAAUGGGACCAAUCCCCUUAAGAAAACAUGCCAAAAAUAUCAGGAAUGUUGUAAAUGUCUUUCUUGUCAUAACACAAUUGGGAUUUUGCUGUGUGUACUUUUUGUUUGUGGCAACUAACCUGCAAGAUACAAUGCACUUCUUCAGAAUAAACAUGGGUGUUCAUAGCUACUUGGCUCUAUUGUUUCCACCAAUGCUAGCAUUGGGUAUGGUGAAGAACCUUAAAUAUUUGACACCAGUUUCUUUAAUUGCUGCAAUAAUGACUGCUUGGGGCUUAGUGAUCACAUUUUACUACAUUUUACAAGACUUGCCUCACACUAGUACUGUGAAGGCAUUUGCAAGUUGGCAUCAAUUGCCUCUGUAUUUUGGAACAGCUAUUUAUGCAUUUGAAGGGAUUGGAGUGGUGCUACCACUUGAGAAUAACAUGAAGACACCACAGGACUUCGGAGGUUGGACAGGCGUGUUAAACACAGGCAUGGUUAUCGUGGCUGCUUUGUAUACGGCUAUUGGGUUUUUCGGCUACCUCAAGUACGGGAACCAUGUGCUUGGCAGUAUUACACUCAAUUUACCAAAUGACGCAUUAGCACAAAGCGUGCGAGCGAUGAUGGCAAUCGCAAUAUUCCUUUCAUACGGCCUCCAGUUCUACGUGCCUAUGAAUAUCGUAUGGCCCUUUAUUAAAUCCAAAUUGACUUCGGAAAAAGCCCUCGCCUACGGAGAAAUCGUUACGCGAUUUAUAUUAAUAUCGUUGACAUUCAUUGCAGCGGCGUUGAUACCGAACUUGAGCGGUAUCAUUUCUCUCGUCGGUGCAUUCAGCAGUUCGGCGCUGGCUCUCAUAUUCCCACCUAUCAUCGAAAUUGUCACAUUUUGGCCCGACCGGCUUGGAACAUACGACUGGAAAAUGUGGAAAGAUAUCGCUAUUAUCAUAUUCGGUAUAACCGGAUUUGUAUUCGGCACGUAUGCCAGCCUAGAAAAUAUAUUUUCGCAUACUUAAUUAUUAUUGGAUUAAAUAGUAAAAAUUGAUGUCGUUAUACCAAAGAUUAAAACCAUGACAAUAAUAUUAUUGUAAAAAUUCUUUCAGAUUACUAUAUUUAUUGUUUAGAUUAUAGGCAUUGUAGCAAAAAUAAGGUUACCGGUGAAAGACGAGAUAAAAAAUAUAUUUAAGUGGUUAAAGUAUUAUAAUGUGACAAAUUUUAGAUACCUAUUUUAUUUACUUUAAAAUUUAAAUGUCUGCUUUGGUCUGCUGCUUAUCAUCAAAAUGAAGUGAAAUUGGUUCAAUUCGAUAAGAUUUUUAUAAAGUUAAUUAAUAUACAUCGAAUGUGGAAUAUUUUAUAAUUAUGUAUUGUUAUGAUUAUGAAAAUAUUCAUAAUCUUUUAUCUAUUUUGCAAAUAUUGUAUAUUAACUAUAUUUGCAUAGCAAAAUGGCUGGUUUCAUUUUAAAAAACAUAUAAUGUAUGUUGUAAGUUAUUAUUGUUGUGUGUUUUAGAGGUAUUUAUUAUUGAGUGUUUUAGUAUAUUGUAGUGUUUGUCUGUUGUAAUAUAGUGUUAUGUAUAAUUCGACUUGAUUUGUGUUGCACAUGAUGAUUCUGACGCGAUUGUUUGAUAAGCGACUUGUCCACGCUUUUUUACAGAACAAUAAUUGUGAUAUUUUAUAUUUUAUUUUGAAAUGGUGUUAUAUAAAUUAAUACGGUUUGAAUGUUUAUUUUUAAUCUGUGGAUAUGUAAUUUACCAAAAUAUUUUUGUAGUCAAUUUUAUUUUUAAACCAACGUACAAUAAAUAAUUUUAUAUUUCUAUUUUAUUACAGCUGCUUUUCUUGCCAUUUUUUCCAUUUUGCAUAGUUACAAUAGAAAACAAGAAUGUCAUAAUGCAUAAAUAUUAACUAUAAUAUUGUUUAGUAGGUAAUUUACAGAAAUAGACUUAAUUCACUAAUCAUUACUAUUUAAUAUGUUGAAAGUGCACAACUUGAAUCGUAACAUCAUCCAUCAUCAGAAUGUUAAUUGUACCGAAUAGAAAUAUAAUUACCUACGUGUUUAUACAUAAAGUUUAUACUAGUGUUAUAUUAGAAUGAUGUCCUAAAAACCCAAAGAAUCAGUUGUUUAAAUUAUUAUUAACUAUUCUCUUAUGAAAUAAAGCUUUUGUGGAUUCAAA